ACAUCCGAUUUCGAUGAAAUUUUUAGCAUAAUGCUUGUCUGAUUUUUCACUUAUUGAUUCAAAUCAACAUUAUUCUUAGGUGGAAUUGACCUUUAAUUGUAUAUAUUGAAUCUAGUCUCACUACUUCAGACUCUGCAUUAUGCGAAUUGCGAAAAUCAAGGGUCUGUGCCUGCAGACUAGUACUAGUCGUAUUUUGUACAUUACGCAUGCGCAAUUCAACCAUGAAAAAAAUAAAGCGUGCGUUCUCUUUUCCGCCAUUUUGUGACGAGCCUGGACGGAGCUGUGGGCCAGUUGUGUUGGGAGAGGUUUUUUCUUCGUGUUUUGUUUCAGAAGUCAUAAUGUCAAGUGGAAGAGUCUAUGUUGGAAGGUUGAGCUACCAAGCUCGAGAGAGGGAUGUUGAAAGGUUUUUCAGAGGUUUUGGUAGAAUACGUGAAAUCAAUCUAAAAAAUGGCUUUGGGUUUGUGGAAUUUGAAGACUAUCGAGAUGCUGAUGAUGCUGUCUAUGAGCUGAAUGGCAAAGAACUUGUUGGUGAAAGAGUAAUUAUUGAACAUGCCAGAGGACCUGCAAGAGGUCGUGAUGAAUACAGAUAUGGCUACCGCAGGAGAGGAGGUGUUGACAAGUUCGGAGGAUCUGGUGGGGGUGGUGGUAGUAGGAGCUCACAAAGAUAUGGGCCUCCAGUCAGAACCGAACAUCGCGUCAUUGUGGAGCAUCUAUCCACCAGAGUUAGUUGGCAGGACUUGAAAGACUACAUGAGACAGGCAGGAGAGGUCACAUUUGCAGAUGCCCACAAACAGCGCAAGAAUGAAGGAAUCGUUGAAUUCGCUACGUACAGUGACAUGAAGAAUGCAAUUGAGAAACUUGAUGGAACAGAAAUCAAUGGACGUCGCAUCAAUGUGGUAGAGGACAGGCCCUCAUCAUCGUCAUCAAGGAGAAGGUCUAGGAGCCACUCUAGAUCUCGUUCCCGAUCUCGUCGUCGCUCCAGGUCUCCACGAAGCAGAUCUCGAAGCCGCUCCCGUAGCAGGUCCCGAUCUCGCUCCCACUCCCGCAAGUCUAGAAGCCCAAGGAAGAGCCCAAAGAGGAGCCCCAAGAGAAGCAGGAGUAGGUCUCUUAGUCCAAAACGCGAUAGUCGAAGCCGGAGCCGUUCACGAAGCAAGUCACCAAGGAAUAGCAGAAGUCCUUCACCUAUUGAGCAGAACAACAAGGGAAUGUCAAGAUCCAGAUCUCCUAGUCCUCGAGAUGAUGAUUAGACUUGGAUGUCGGAUGGAAAGAAUGGUUUGGCCAAAUUGAAGUCGUAUAUAUGAAUGCAGAAAUUUAAAAGAUGUACAGCUGUAUACUUUGUGAACUUUGUAAAUUUACAGUUGUAUUUCAGAGACAGCAUAUUAAUAUGCUCUAGCUCAUUGCAUUCUACUUCACUUUGAAUGAUUGAUACUAUGUUGGGGGAAAAAAGGGUGAAAUGUAGAUCAACACCAAAAUGUGGACCUCUUUUUUUCACCUGUACCAUUGCUACCAAAUAUCUUUAUUGACAAUUUUAUAGAUAGUCUCAAAUCAUUGUCACUUGGCUUUGGUCUGAAUAUUUCCCUUCAGAGGUGAGAAGACAGUAUUGGCACCGUGGUAUUGUUGCAUAAAACUUUUCAUCCAAGGUAACUCUUUCAGUGCUUAACAACUUAUCAAAAUCAAGGUUUCUAUUAACUGCCAUUGAUGUUUAAGUUGCCACAAAAUAAAGUUUUCUGCAACUGAACCAAUUUUUUUCCAAUAUGUUUUUAAUUAGACACCUGAAGAAAUGAUCAUCUACUAUUUUAGUAUUUUAAUUGAUGCCUUUGCUGCAUCAUGCUCAGUUCAGAAACGAUUACUGAAUCAGCUGAAUGAUAUUUGUACAUUAUGAUGCCCUUUGUAUAUUAUAUCUUUUCAAAUUGUAGAAAUUGUUUAAAUUUGUUUGAUGGAAAGGAGAGUUCUAGUACUACUGCUAUUGAACAGCUUUUUAUUUUUGGAGGAAAGCGAACCUGUCAUUACUGAUAGCAAAUCAUCCUUACUCAAAUUAGAUCACAAAUGUGUAUUUUUCACAGCUUUUGUAAGUGGUAUUUUAAUUUAGGCAUUCCUUGAAUUUAUCUUUGGUUUAUUGUAAAUGUGAUGUCGUUCAAAUUGGUGUAUUUUUGUAAUAGUCCUUUCAUUCUCAAGGUUUUUUGUUGUAAAUUUGAAAAUGUUUUGUAUUUCCAUCAGAGGUAAUUCUAAAAUUUCCUCCAUAUAAUAUUUUCUCUUUUUUAAAAAGCUUUCUUGUACAUUACUUUUAUUACUGAUUAUGCCAGACAUUUUAAAAACAUGUAUUGCACUCAUUUAAUAUUUAGAAAAAAACCAGAUUUUGGCCAUACAAAGAUUAUAUUGAUAUAAGAUAAUUGAAAUAACUUACAAUUCAUGAAGUGUAGCUGGAUGUACUUUUCAGAGAAACCAAUGUUUUUAUUGCUAACAGCAAGUUUUCAUGAGAAAUGCUGUUUUUCCACCAAAAAUGUCCCCCCCCCCAAAAAAAAAUACUGCAAUUUUUCAUUAGCAUCCCACUUCAUGGAAUGUUCUAAAGUAAUAGCUGCAGAAUGAGUUUUGAAAAGAACUGUAUUUUAAGUAGGGUAAUAAUUUGUAUGUAAAUUUGUUUUUCACAUGGAUUAAAAGAAUGAAAGGCGAA